UCGACAUCCAUAACUUAUCUGAGAGACAGAAAUUUUGACGGACUUGAUUUAGAAUGGGAAUAUCCAGCGGCACGUGGAAGUCCCGCUAUUGACAAAGAGCGUUUUACUUUACUUGUACAGGAGCUACGCCAGGCAUUUGAUGCCGAAUACGAUGGGAGUAAAGAAAAGUUACUGCUUUCCGCAGCAGUAGCAGCCGGCGAAGACACUGCUACAAAUGGGUACGAAAUGGCAGAAAUAGCAAAGCACUUAGAUUGGGUGGGAGUGAUGUCGUAUGAUUUACAUGGUUCUUGGGAAUCGCAGACCGGUCACCAUAGCGCCCUGUACGCACCAUCAAGUGAAGACCAAACACUGACUGUG